AUGGACAACGCCCACCAGCCGCCUGUCGGCCAAGGGAGCAGCAUCCACAAUCAUGACGCCCAAACCCUCUUUGAUGGCUCGGUGCGCACGUCCGGCGACACUGAGGGUACAGACAAUGGCUCAGGCUUACGUAGUACUCCACCUCCCAGCCUCUUUUCGCCCCAUAUAACUUCAGUCACUCCUUCUGAACCAUCUGCCUCAGUUGGUGAAGGUUCAAGGCUCCGUGCACCCCACAGGAGGAUCCUCAGUCAUUCCAGCUCUAUGCCCUCUCUCGCAAACCAUCCCAGCAUGCCGAAGCGGCCGUCAAGGCCACUGGCCCCAGAAGAACGCCCACCUAUAGUCCAGCUGCAGGCGGAGAUUGAGCAGGCACAAAAGAGCGCCGAUGAUCCAAACACGCCCCUGGAGGACUCUGGCAAAAGACGCACCACUCUAGAUCUUAUGCGUUCAGAGCAUGCUUUCCGUACAGAAAUAAGUACCCUUUUCAGCGAAAGCGCUGCAGCCUCAGCCUCACGUGCUCCGUCCUAUAACAACGCAACGGGCCCCCUGUAUCUGCGAGCCUCGGGCGAAGCAAUUCCCCUUCCAGAUCACCUCUAUUCCCGUGGAUUGCUAGAAGGCCGCCAUUCAGACAUUACCAUCAUAGCCUUUGGCCAGCGCUACUCUCUACAUCGCUUAAUCCUCGAUCGCGCACCAUUCUUCACCACUGCCCUUUCUGAGCCAUGGCUCGAAAGCCAGUCCAAAGAAGUCACUCUACACCCCGAAGAGAUUGACUCUAGCAUCACUCAAGCAGCCUUUGAGCUUGCCAUACGGAAGCUUUACGGCGUCGACAUUUCGAAAGACAUGGACGCCGAAGCUGUGGGCCUGUUCGCGACAGGAUGUUGGCUGGAAAUGCAGGACCUCAUAGAUUCGGCCAUUGAGUCUAUCCUGCGUCAGAUGGCCCCUGAAACGCUUGCCUACCUCAUCCGGCUCGUCACUUCCAACUACUACGGCCGCUCCGGCGAUCGCAUCCUCGAGUCGGCCAAGGCUAUGCUGAGUAGGAAUGGCUGGGAGAUGCCGCUGAAGUAUUGGGACGAUAUGCCGGGCGAUAUCAUUCGUGAGCUGGUGGGCUCCGAUGGCUUUUUCGUAGACAGCGAGUGGGAUCGGUGGGUGCUCGCAAAGCGCCUUCUUGAUCGCCGACUGCGACUGGCGGCUAUUGAUGCUGGACUGAUACAGCGAGGGCAGAAACCCGUACCGCAAGCCCCCAAUUCUCUACGCUUCAACGCUGUUCGUUUCGAUGGCGUCUAUCGGCAGAAUGCCCUAACCGCCGCUCACUCAUCGUCCGACGCCCACGCCGAAUGGCUAGCACUGUACACGCUACCCGACAUUGAACGCAUACUUGUGCUGCUGGAUGAGGGUAUCCAUUACAUUCACAUGGAGUUUGAGCAGCUCGAGUUUAUCAAGAGUGCGCGCGAUGUCUUUGGCCUCCCCGUCAUGCCUGAUAGCGUGAUCUCUAACUCGCUCUGGCAGCAAUUGGCGCUUCGUCAAAGGGUACUCAACACGGAUGAAAAUUCACAGGAAUUAGGGCUCUCGCAGUCGCUCCCCGGCCCCGAAGCAUUCAAUGUGGCUACCAAGAGUGGGAGCGAGUUGACCUUAAAGGGCCAACAGGAAGAGAAGACGGCAGACAAUGGUAUACUUGAGUCGGAUAGCUGGGAUGGAAACGGAAAGCCACGCAAGUUUUGGAUUCCAAGCUCAGACUGCAACAUAGUGCUCGGCAACGGGGCUGAACCUGUUGUCACGACGUCAAGCUCCUUCCAACGUCAUGCCUCGCGCCUGUCGGCCACCCUACAGCCUGAAGAUGCCCAAUGGGCAACGGAUUUUGCAUCAACUCCAGCAACCUUGACUAACCCAAAUACGCGUAUGGACUUUCCUCGUCGCCCGAUAUCUGCGGGCGGUGGGAACGCUGGGCAGCCAAGGCCGAUUGCUUACACUGAGUUCCCUCCUUUCCGCUUCUCCGCCGAAUUCCCCAACCCUCGCUUCCUCAAAGAGAAGAAGCGUGUAUACUCGCGCACAGUAUCAUAUGCUGGAUCUCUCUGGAACAUCUACAUCCAAAAGGUCCGUUCUGCGAAGAACGUGCAACUUGGUGUCUACCUCCAUCGCGCAAAAGAGCGCGAGGUAGACGAGACUGUCCAAGCCAGCGUUCUCAGCCAGCAAAACGAUGGCACCGUUGAUGAGCGUAUCGGACGUUUGGAAAGGGAAAUGCUCAUGCGCAGCGAUCCACGCGAUCGGAGACGCAGCACCCGUGUUCCCUUUGUCGACUCGACUGCCGAAGACGACACGUCUGGCAGCGGCGGCGACCCUGAUCCAACACUAGGCUCUCCCGGCCUCCACAGCUCCAUCUUCACCGGCAACACCCUCAGCUCUCGACGCAGCAACAUGUCCCGCAGCAACAUGUCGCGCAUCCCUUCGCGCGGCCUCCCACAAUGGGGCUUCCACAACAUGAAUACCUCCCUCCCCCAAUCUAGCGAUUCCCCCUAUUCCCCCUCCGAACACGAAUCCGACACCUCCGACUCCGACCAAGACUCCGACACAGCAGCCUACACAAACCCCUCCCUCCCAUCCCGCUCCCAACGCAAAACCCGCUCCCUGAUCCCCGCUCUCCCGCCUUACGUCGACGCCCGCCCCACUAUCAAAACAUACUUUAAGAUUUAUAGCCCGUCAAAGGGAGGUAGGAUGUUGAGUAUAUACGAGAGUGCGCCUGAUCGGUUCAACUUUAGUCAGAGUUGGGGGUGGAAGAGUAGUACGCUUAUGCUGGAUGAGAUUACGCUGAGUGGAGAGACCGAGGAUGCGCUUGGGGGUGGGGGGUUAAACCCGCCGCCUGUGAUCAAGAAGACGGAUGGGAAGUUGCGGUUUAUGGUCGUUAUUGGGAAUUUGUGA